AUGGCCGCUGCGAGUCGCCAUCGUCGCCUACCCCGGCUGAUUCCUCCGAAACUCUAUCCCGAGGACCUGCGAUUCGAAAUCGUCGAGGGUCUGGCUGCCCUGAGGAGGAGGGACUACUUUGCACUCACCCUGCUGCACACCGUCGAGUUUCUUGCCGAGGCCAAGGCCUUUCUGCGGAGGUUCUCACCCAUCCCAGAGCGACCCCUGGUGGAAAAAUUGCCCUACUUUCGCCUUGCCCUCAGUCGAUCCGACCGAGUGCGUUUCAGCAGGCGGCAGGCCUUCGUGCUGAGUCAGCGGGCUGCCAAAGGGCCCCCGGCCGACGCGCUGCCCCCCCGCCCCAAACCCCGCUUCCCCGUGCGCGACUGGCUGAGUCACCACCCCCUGCUCAGCGUCAUCCUGGUCAACACCCUGCUGGUCCGGGCCCUCUUCCACAUCCGCCGCACACGCUUCCGGUGGUGA